AUGGCUGAGGCAAGAUCGAGUUUUAGUGGAUCUUCUUCGGAACAACAUGGCGUUAGUGCAGCCGAUGAAGCGGAUGAUCUUGAACUUCUACAACGUGUAGAAAAACUCGAACGUGAAAUUCUCCAAUUACAACUUGAAAACAGUCUUUACGAGCAGAAUUUGGAACGGAAAAAAGCUGAACCUAUCUCACUAUUGGCAUCUGGAACAUCCCAAGUAAUUACACCAGCUGGUUCGUCUCAAGAUCUGUCGACAGUCGGCGGAGGUGGUACUCGAGGUGAUCGUCUAUCCCGCAAACGAUCGAAAUCACGGAGUACGCAAGGCGAUUUUCGUAUUCAGUUAACCAUCGAACAAAAAAUCGAGAUUAUCCAUGCGGAAUACGAACAAAUGAAAGCUGACCGAAAUCGACAAGAAGCAAAGAGCGAAAAGACCAUACAUCAACUAGAAUCGGAUUUGGAAUGGACAGAGGUUGAACUGAGCGAUUUUAAUUCGGCGAUUGACGAGUUUGUUAAAACCAAAAAGAAUUCAACUGAUCAACGUACAAAAAAGUUCAUCGGUGAAAAAAUCGAACGUUAUUUCAAUGAACGGAUUAAGAAUCGCGAGUCUCUAACGAAUAAAUUACGUGAUCGAUCGACCGGUUUGAAGAGGAAAAUUAUUCGGCUGGAUAAUCAACUGCGGCAAAAAGAAGAAACGGGAGAUAAUUUGCACGAAGUCGAUUUUAAUCAAUUGAAAAUCGAGAAUAAACAAUACUUAGAUAAAAUUGAUGAGAAAAAUCACGACCUCAUCUUACUAAAACAGCAAGUUGGCAAAGCAACGCAAUCGUUGAAUCGACUGAAGGAUGAUUUACACCGACAGAACAAAGAAUUAGCAGAGAUUGAACAACGUAUACAGAAACAGGUGAACUUACGUGAACAUUCCGAACAUGACAUGGACAAUGCGGGUAAAGAGCAUGGCCGCGUGGCGAAAAUUCAUAGCCAUCUGGCUGAACAAACGGAGAAUUAUCGUGUACCAGAAGUAAUCGAUUAUGUCAAGAAAAAGGCUUUGCUCUACAAUCUUCAACGUGAUUGUGAAGUUUGGGAAAGAAAAGUUGAAAUAGCUGCGAUGGCCUUACAACAAUCGAAACAACAAUGGCAGUCACUUCAACGUACUGUCCAAUAUCAGAAUAGCACGACUACGUGGAAAAAUGAACUUCAAGCACGAUAA